AUGCAGUCACCUACUGGUUAUCUGGCGUCUCUGCCAGUCGAUAAUCCGACCAAGUCCUUCUGGCAGAGCGAGCCUGACCCAGUGAUCAGUAACUACCAAUCUGCUGAAUUUUCCCCCUCUGCUGAUGUUGUUAUCAUCGGCUCGGGGUUGUCUGGUGCUUUCAUCGCCCACCAGUUGCUCAGUUCCAGCUCACCAAACAGACCAAAAUCCGUAGUCAUCUUGGAGGCCCGCAACGCAGCUAGUGGUGCUACUGGAAGAAAUGGCGGUCAUAUAAAGCCGGACUGCUAUCGUGGCUUCACAUCGUACUCCAUCCUGCAUGGUACUGAUGUUGCAAAGGCUCAGUGUGAAUUCGAAGCCGCCAACUAUCAAGAAACCGCAAGAUUCAUCCAUGAGAAUAAUCUAGCUGCGGAAGUCGAUCUGGUACAGUAUCGCUCAGCCGACGUCUACCUGACCCCAGAGUCCUGGAAGACCGGCCUGUCAUCGUACAAUGGCUUCAAAGAAUCUGGCGGCGAUGUCUCCGAUAUCAAUGUACUCAGUAAAGCAGAGUCUGAGGAGUCUCUACGGGUUAAGUGUUGCUAUGGAGCCAUCACUUUCCCAGCUGCCAAUCUGUGGCCAUAUAAACUCGCAAUCGCUGUUUUACGCAAGGGGCUCGACUUGGGACUAAGAUCUUGGAAGAUCUCAACACCCCAAGGGGUUGUAAUAGCAAAUAAGGUCAUCCAUGCAACCAACGGCUAUGCUUCGUACCUCCUACCUGAGCUUGAUGGGCGAAUUAUCCCCCUCAAGGGUCAUGUUUCUGCCAUCAGGCCCCCGCCGGCUUAUAUGGACCAGCCUCUGACGACAUCCUUUGCUUUCAUAUCCAAUGACGAUUACGACUAUCUCAUCCAAAGACAAGGUCCUGAAAAGUACCUGAUCUGGGGCGGUGGCGAGGUUGCUCAUCCCAAAGGUCUCUCAGGCGGUUUCGGUGACUGCGAUGACCGUCAUGUCGUGCCUGAAGUCGAGUCCUACAUUUUGAAUGCACCAGUUGAAAUAUUCAGGGAUUGGAAAGAGUCUAGGGCGUCUUCUAGAACUAGCCCUGCAGGUGCCGUGGCAUUCUCCUGGAGUGGCAUCAUGGGCCUGAGCAAAGAUCUUCUUCCGUUUUUGGGAGAACUUCCAGGCAAGCCUGGUCAAUAUCUGGCUGGUGGAUAUCACGGGCAUGACCUCGAGAUCAUGGAUAACAUGGCAUAG